GCCAUGAAGUGGAUGUUUAAGGAGGACCACUGGCUGGAACAUAGAUGUGUGGAAUCUGCAAAGAUCAGGGCGAAGUACCCCGCCCGGAUUCUGGUGAUCGUGGAAAAGGUCUCAGGCACUCAGAUUGCUGCCAUUGCCAAAAGGAGGUUCUUGGUUCCAUCUGACAUCACCGUGGCUCAGUUCAUAUGGAUCAUCAGGAAAAGGAUCCGGCUUCCUUCUGAGAAGGCAGUCUUCCUGUUUGUGGACGAGUCAGUCACACAGUCCAGCCUAACUCUGGGGCAGCUUUACCAGAGGAAAAAGGAUGAAGAUGGAUUCUUGUAUGUGGUCUGCAACGGAGAGAACACUUUCGGCUUCUGAGCGCCACUGCUGGGCUAGGUGCACUGUUCCUGCUUGUGUAUCUUGUAAAUAACUGGCUGUUUUCAGUUACUCCACCAGAGUCUCUUCACAUAGACCUACU